UCACAAUCUCGCGAUAUGAGGCUUUUGACGUCUGGAUUAGCUGUCCGGCAGAAACCAAGGAGCUGGCUAUUUACGGCGUUGCGGGACGUCUAAGCAGCAAUCCGGGACGUGUUAAGAAUAUCGGGUUUGUUUGGCGGCAUGCAGUAGUGUUGUGGUUUGUAUUGGGGGUCUCGCAUGAGUUCCCCGGAUAAGAGGCGGCAGCAGGAGAGAGCGGGAGCCCCGGAGCCAGAGGAAAGGAGGACCAACACCCCCCGCAGCAGCCCGGGACACAGCCCUGAAGGAGACAGAUCACCAGGAGACCCUCAUUCAGAGAAUCUAGAAAAUAGCCGAAUGAAGCGAGCAGCUGCAAAGCAUCUAAUAGAACGCUACUACCACCAGUUAACUGAGGGUUGUGGAAAUGAAACCUGCACGAAUGAAUUUUGUGCUUCCUGUCCCACUUUUCUUCGUAUGGAUAACAAUGCAGCAGCCAUUAAGGCCCUCGAGUUGUAUAAGCUUAAUGCAAAACUCUGUGAUCCUCAUCCUUCCAAGAAAGGAACAAGCUCAUCUUAUCUAGACAACAAUUCGAAAAGCUCCCAUAACAACUCCUGCACACAAAGAAAGAUGAAUAAGAAAGCCCUACAUGGACCCAGAGACGACUAUAAAGAUGUCACUUACUUAUCUGAAGAAAAAGUGUAUGAAAUUCUUGAAUUGUGUAGAGAAAGAGAAGACUACUCACCUUUAAUUCGAGUGAUCGGUAGAGUUUUUUCCAGCGCAGAAGCUUUGGUUCAAAGUUUCCGAAAAGCAAAGCAGCAUACAAAGGAAGAGCUAAAAUCCUUGCAAGAAAAGGAUGAAGAUAAGGAUGAAGAUGAGAAAGAAAAAGCUGCAUCAUUCGCUGCUGCAAUGGAAGAAGAUUCUGUGGCAUCAUCCUCAAGGUUAAGUGACCAUUCACUAGGAGACAACAACAUACAGAAACUAGGCCCUGAAGAAGUGUCUCUAGAUAUAGAAGCAGUUCGACGGGUGUAUCACAGGUUACUUGCUAAUGAGAAAAUCGAAGCUGCCUUUCUAAAUGCACUUGUAUACCUUUCUCCUAAUGUGGAAUGUGACUUAACUUAUCAUAAUGUUUAUUCACGAGAUCCCAACUAUCUCAACUUGUUUAUAAUCGUCAUGGAGAAUGGUAAUCUCCAUAGUCCUGAAUACCUGGAAAUGGCGUUACCGUUAUUUUGCAAAGCAAUGAGCAAACUACCAUUAACAGCACAAGCAAAGUUGAUCUGUCUCUGGUCAAAGUACAGUGCUGAGCAGAUUCGCCGAAUGAUGGAAACAUUUCAGCAACUUAUAACCUAUAAAGUUAUAAGCAAUGAGUUCAACAGUCGAAAUUUAGUCAACGAUGACGAUGCUAUUGUUGCAGCAACAAAGUGCUUAAAAAUGGUUUACUAUUCAAAUGUUGCUGGUGGAGAGAUUGAAACCGACCAUAAUGAAGAGGAAGACGACGAACCUGUUCCUGAGUCCAGUGAACUAACUCUGCAGGAACUGCUAGGGGAAGAACGACGGAACAAAAAGGGUCCACGAGUAGAUCCCCUUGAAACCGAACUCUGUGUUAAAACGAUUGAUUGCAGGAAACCUCUCAUCCCGUUCGAGGAAUUUGUUAACGAACCACUAAAUGAUGUCCUAGAAAUGGACAAAGAUUAUACUUUCUUUAAAGUAGAGACUGAAAACAAAUUCUCUUUUAUGACUUGCCCAUUUAUCCUAAAUGCAGUUACGAAGAAUCUUGGUCUGUAUUAUGACAACAGAAUCCGCAUGUACAGUGAAAGGCGAAUAACUGUUCUGUAUAGUCUAGUACAAGGACAACAACUUAACCCCUAUCUGAGGCUCAAAGUUCGGCGAGAUCACAUCAUUGAUGAUGCUCUUGUUAGGCUUGAGAUGAUUGCCAUGGAGAAUCCUGCAGAUUUGAAGAAGCAAUUAUAUGUGGAAUUUGAGGGAGAACAAGGAGUAGAUGAAGGAGGUGUUUCUAAAGAGUUUUUCCAAUUAGUUGUUGAAGAAAUUUUCAACCCUGAUAUUGGUAUGUUCACUUAUGAUGAGUCCACUAAACUCUUUUGGUUCAAUACAUCAUCUUUGGAGACAGAAGGACAGUUUACACUUAUUGGCAUUGUAUUGGGUCUUGCAAUUUACAAUAACUGCAUUCUAGAUGUGCAUUUUCCAAUGGUGGUAUAUAGAAAAUUAAUGGGGAAAAAAGGAACCUUCCGUGACCUUUCCGAUUCUCAUCCUGUUCUUUAUCAGAGUUUAAAAGAUUUGUUGGAGUACGAAGGUAGUGUUGAAGAUGAUAUGAUGAUGACUUUCCAGAUUUCUCAGACUGACCUCUUUGGAAAUCCUUUAAUGCAUGACUUAAAGGAAAAUGGAGAUACAAUCCCAAUUACAAAUGAGAACAGAAAGGAAUUUGUCAGUCUAUAUACAGACUAUAUUCUAAACAAAUCAGUCGAAAAGCAGUUUAAAGCCUUCAGGAGGGGCUUUCACAUGGUUACCAAUGAAUCACCUUUGAAAUAUCUGUUUAGACCAGAGGAAAUUGAACUUCUUAUUUGUGGAAGUAGGAACUUAGAUUUCCAAGCUCUGAAAGAUACUACAGAAUAUGAUGGUGGUUAUACCAGAGAUUCAAAUAUUAUUAAAGAGUUUUGGGAAAUUGUAAAUUCUUUCACUGAGGAACAGAAAAGAUUGUUCUUGCAAUUUACAACAGGGACGGACAGAGCCCCUGUAGGUGGGCUAGGCAAAUUAAAGAUGAUUAUAGCCAAAAACGGCCCUGAUACAGACAGGUUACCAACAUCUCAUACUUGCUUUAAUGUCCUUUUGCUUCCAGAGUACACAAAUAAAGAGAAACUGAAGGAGAGAUUGUUAAAGGCCAUCACUUAUGCUAAGGGGUUUGGUAUGCUCUAAAAAACAAAGGCAAGAGUUCUCAAAAUGAAAAAAGGGAUAACAAUUCAAACUGAUGUCUCUCUAUCUCUCCAAAAAAGGCCAUAAGAUAGCACGCUACAAGUAGUCACAUCUAUUUGUGCCUCCCUUCUUUGCUGGGGACAAUGGGCUGGAACAGCAGAUUUCAGCUGCUUAUACGAACAAAGUCCUUUUUGUUUCUUCUUUUCCUAGCGUGAAAGGGUUAUACGAUCUUUCACAUGUAUGUACAGAAAAUAUUUCCUGAAUAUUUAUUUAAAGGGUUUAAAUCACUUUUGCUUUUGUUUAAAUAUUGCUUGAAGUUGAGCCGGAGUAUGGGAAAUCAGGUACACUCAUGAGAUGCUGCAUCAUUUUGCAGCCAGUCCAACUUUCAAGUAUAUAAUAUUUGCUAAUGUCCUUGCAUCUUCUCAAAUCAGGAACUGUACUUUUUUGGGUUUUUUUUUUUUUUUUUUUUUUACAGUUUGCUUAUAAAACUUGAACUCAUGGAAAAUGAAAAAAACGUGUGAUACAAUUACUGCUGUUCUAGCCCCUAAGAUUUUGUGAGAAACAACUAUUGUAGUUAAUAAAGUUGGGAGGGCGAACUUGGAAUGUUAAACUGCAGCCUUGCAAUCUUUUUACUUUAGUCACAGCACAAACAAACAAAAACAAUUAAAAACGGGAAAAAAAAAUCAUUUCACUAUUGUUGUUUUCACGUCUUGUAAAGUAUACCAUGUUCUCUUAGGGAACCUGAUCUCUUGGUUGUGUGAAGGGGUAGAGU